AUGAUGAAGCCUGAAUUCUCUCACUUUUCUGGAUUCUGUGUGUGCUUUCUUUUUCUGCAAGUGAUGGUGUCUUCGGAGAAACUGAGGGUAACUACUCCCACAAGACACCUGUUAGCUAGAGUAGGAGGCCAGGCUGAGCUCAGCUGCCAGGUGAUCCCACCACACAGUGUGAUGCAUAUGGAGGUGCGCUGGUUCAGGAGUGGCCUUUCCCAACCUGUUUACCUAUACAGAGGUGGCCAUAAAAUGAGUGAAGAAGCUGCUCUUGAAUAUGCAAGUCGUACAGAGUUUGUGAAGGAGGCCAUUGGAGAAGGCAAAGUGUCCCUCCGAAUUCAUAAUAUAAACAUUUUGGAUGAUAGACCUUACCAAAGUUCAUUUAAUGGUAGUGGCUUCAUUGAUGUGGCUAUCAUGAACCUCAAUGUGACAGCAGUUGCAUUGGAGACAGAGAUCAAUAUUCAGGCUCCUGAUGCUGAUGGAAUUAUUGUAGAGUGUAAUUCAUGAGGGUGGUUCCCAAGGCCCCAAAUGGAGUGGAGAGACAGCAAAGGGGCAACACUUCCGCACUCAUUAAAAUCAUAUUCCCAGGAUGAAGCCAGAUUUUUCCACAUGAAGAUGACUCUUCUCCUCACAAACAUGUCACAGGGCAGCAUCAUUUGCUGCAUUUUCAACCCUGUAACAGGUGAAGAGAAGCAAACAAGUAUCAUCCUAGCAAGUGAGUACUGUCGUCUGGUUUGGCUGUUGAUCUGGAAACAAAGACAAAAAUAA